UAUUAUAGCUCCCCUUGUUAUGUCAGUAGCAGUCGCGAGGUCCUGUAGCUUAGGCCACCCUUAUAAUUUGAAGUUCUUUAAAUAUUUUUUUUUUGAAAAUGUAGUUACAAGUUGAGAUUUUUUUCAUAAUGAUAUAAAUGAAUUUUGGAAUUAAAAUUACGUCCAAAUCAAAACAACAAUAAAAAAAAGAAGUCUGGUUUUUAAGAGUGAAGAUAGGAGGAUUAUUUUUAUAGAAAAAGAGCAAAUACUUUUCCAUUACCUUGACGUCUAAUCGCUUCAGUGGUGCAUUAGGAAUUGAUUUGUUGUGAAAAAUCUAAAAUCGAUUUUUUCCGGUAUUAAAAAAAUAAAUAAAUAAUCUUUUUACACAUAAUAAGCUUCAAAUUCGCUUCUAAGUAAAGCAAAUCAAAAGAAAUUAGUUAACGAUCGAGUUUUCUAUUUUUCUUGUGAAAAUUGUGAUACAUAAACGCUUCUGGGAUAUUUAAUUUACUAAAACUGUAGUAUUUUGCAUAAAGACUGACACACUUUAGUAUACUUACCUAAGUAGAGCUCAACAAAGUUUAUAGUUUUUUUGGUAAUGGUAAGCAGGAGAGGAUUGGAAAAUGUCUAAAACCAUUAACGCGUAUAGGAUUAAAAAAAUCGAAAGCUUUGGCAAGAUGACCGCCAUGACGCAGGAGGAGAUCGUGGCGGCGGUACGCACAGUCGCCCAAGGUCUCGAAGCUUUGCGCAGCGAACACGCCGGUUUACUGCACAGCAUGGCGCCGGACGCGCCCGAGGCGCAGGAACGACAAAGUUUGGUGCACCAGAGCCAGGAAAUGAUCGAACUGGGAUUGGGAGAAGCACAGGUUAUUAUGCACUUAGCCAACCAUUUGCAAAUUGUCGAAGCAGAAAAACAAAAACUCAGAGCUCAGGUUCGCAGAUUGGUUCAGGAAAACGCUUGGCUCAGAGAUGAGCUGGCUUCGACUCAACAGAGACUGCAGGCUAGUGAACAGGCUGUGGCCCAAUUGGAAGAAGAAAAACGGCAUCUCGAAUUCAUGAGAUCGGUGUGCAAAUACGAUCAGGAUCAAGAAGAAAGUCAAGACGGUGGGAGGCAUCAAGAAAAAUCUGAUCCGGUAGUCGAUUUGUUCCCUGAUGAUCAAGAUGACGACAGGAAUAAUAUGUCCCCGACACCACAAAACCAAUUAAAUUUAUCACAACAAGUAAACGCUGGCUAUGAAAUACCUGCACGUCUCCGCACAUUACAUAACUUGGUGAUCCAGUACGCAUCGCAGAGCCGUUACGAAGUAGCCGUACCUCUUUGCAAACAAGCGCUUGAAGAUUUGGAAAAAACGAGCGGUCACGAUCACCCCGACGUAGCUACCAUGCUUAACAUUUUGGCCCUAGUCUACAGAGACCAGAAUAAAUACAAGGAAGCCGCCAACUUGCUCAACGACGCGCUGGCGAUCCGUGAGAAAACCUUGGGGGAAAAUCAUCCAGCUGUAGCUGCUACACUCAAUAAUUUAGCGGUGCUUUAUGGGAAACGGGGCAAAUAUAAGGAAGCCGAGCCACUUUGUAAAAGAGCUUUGGAUAUUAGAGAAAAAGUACUUGGCAAGGAUCAUCCCGAUGUUGCCAAGCAAUUGAAUAAUUUAGCUUUAUUGUGUCAGAAUCAGGGUAAAUAUGAAGAAGUCGAAAAGUAUUACCAACGCGCCUUGGAAAUCUACGAAAAACGUUUGGGCGCCGACGAUCCUAACGUCAGUAAAACGAUGAACAACCUGGCUUCGUGUUACUUGAAACAAGGCAAAUACAAAGAAGCCGAAGUGCUGUACAAGCAGAUUUUGAACAGAGCCCACGAGCGGGAGUUUGGAACCAUUGACGACGACAACAAACCAAUCUGGAAAGUGGCGGAAGAACGCGAAGAGAACAAAGCAAGAAAUCGCGAGAACGCGCCAUACGGCGAAUACGGCGGAUGGCACAAGGCCGCCAAAGUUGACUCUCCGACUGUGACGACGACCCUCAAAAACUUGGGGGCACUUUAUAGACGCCAGGGCAAAUACGAGGCCGCCGAAACAUUGGAAGAUUGCGCGUUGAGAACAAGAAAGGAGCAAGCGCUCGACAUUGUAAAGCAUUCGAAGGUGGGCAACCUGCUCGGAGGCGAAGACCGGCGCAAGAGCGCCAAGACGUCACGUCGCGGUUCCAGGGAGUCGCUCGAACUGUCUUACGAUGGAGAUGAGACCAACCCAGCCCGGACGCCGGACACGGAGAAAAGCGGCCUGAAAACCAAACUAUUUAACGCACUGGGAAUUAAUUCGCCAAUUAGCAAACCCAACUCGUAGGCGCUGUUGCCAAAACGAAACUAGCACUUGCCACAUUUUGUAUUUGAAAUCUCUUAUUAGUUUUGUUUCAAGAGCUAAUUUGGUCUAAGUGUGAGAGACAUUGAACGGAUUUUUGUGCAAAAAAUUUGUUUAAUGUCUUCUUGAGAGGUUCGGUUGUCGUUGAGGAGACAGUGAACAUUUUCAGUCAGUGAGCUUUGUUCCAGAGUGUACAAAAAUGCGGAAAACCUUAAAUUUGUGCGUAAAAUUUGAAAUUCUUAUACUGAGUGGUUUUGAAACCAUGUAGGAACAGACCUAAUGUUUAGAAGUGUGGACUGUAUAUCCUGUUCACAAUCCGAUGUCUACAGGUGCAGGUAAAUUUAUCACCUUUCCCUAUCAAAUAGCAUUGAAAGGUGAUUUUACCUGUACCUACCUGUGGUAACCUUGUCCAGCAAAUUGGUGUUCUUAAACCUCAGCCUUGAACAUUAUUUGCUAACUGACUGAAAUCUUCACUAGCUCUCCAACUGUAUUAAAUUGUUGCAGGAAUAAUUAAGGCACAAUUACGUAAUUAGAUAUAAGGGUAUAGAAACGACAAAUUCUUGCAAUAAAAUUGCUACCUUUAGAAAACUCCUAUAGAGAAUCGAAUAAUAUUGACCUGAAAAUGUAUGAUUAAAAUUAGUAGGAUUUAAACAUUAUUUUUACUAGCUUGUUUUUGAUCUGAUUGGAAAAAUAAGGAAUUGAUAUUUUAUAGAUUUGACACUAGAUGAGUUUUUUUGCAAUCAUUUCAAAAAUUUUUAGCAUAAUAAGGCCUAACUAGCCGAUGUUGGAUUAUACACCAAAUAAUCCUAUAUCCGUUAGAAAUCGAGGGGUUUAUGCAUUUUAACAAAUUACUUGUCAAUUAAUACAAAUUUAAUUUAUCCAGGCCUAAAUAUAAGAUGCGCUCUAACGCUUGUUUUAACUCCGAUGCAUAAACCUUUAUUGAACAAAAAACGUUUGCUGGUGAUUUUUUGUGAUAAAUAUUGUAAAAUGACCACGUGUAAUAAUGGCUUUUGCUUAUUGAAGCUACACUUUCGACAAAAGAUCCUGGUCCCAAAUUUCUUUUAAAAACAUUCCAUCUUCCCAUAAGGACUUCCAUGUGGAUUGUGACCUUUGUGUAAUUCUUGUUUUAGAUACAUUUUUUUGCAGCAAAUGUAUUUAAAGGAAUUGCACUAGUCAAGAAAAUGUGCUAAAGUAUAAUAUUUAUUGAAACGAGUUGUGUAUUUUAGAGUUUUAACUUUGGAUUGGCUAAAAGAUGAUUUAUUUAAUUAACCAGAACAUUCUUUCAGAAAAUCAAUUAUGUAUUUUUUUUUGUUUAUAGUAUUAUUAUUUAUUAUUUUAUAUAGAAUCAAAUUUUACACCCUUUAUUAUUAGAUUUUAUUUAUACACGCAAUGUAAUUAAACCCAAAUUUUGUUUGUUUUUAUAGAUUAAUAAUUACUAUUUCUACUUAAGUUGUAGUGCAAUUUUUUACAUAUACAUAUUGUUUUGUUGUUUUUAAUCUGACACUUUCCGUAUGAGGAGUAUAUGACAAAAACAGACCAUUAGCGUUCUAAUGUAAGGUGUCACCAGUUCACAUUCCUUCAAAGUAUCAGAUUAAAAUUGACAUACUUUACAUAUUAAUUUUAUCUACCAAAAAAAAAAAAAAAACCUUAGUGAUUUUUAUGUACAUUUUAAACAAUUAAUUAUUGUAUACUGCAGUUUGUCAGAUUUUAUUAUAAUAAAUCAGUUUUAUUGAUUU